ACAAAUCAAAUACAUCUCUUAAUUAUCCAAACUAUAACUUUGUGAAUUCCUAAUAUAUAACACAAACAUGGGUGUUUUUACUCGUUCAAUGGUGACAUUUUGUGUGUUGAUAUGUCUUAUUGGCAUAGUCUCAGCUUCAAGUGUAAUUCCUUCAGCAACUACUUAUGUGUCUAAUUUGAUCCCUGGUCCUUCUAGUGAGUUGAGACCCUCUUUUUAUUUGUUGCAUGGGUGUCCUCUUGCUGUUCAAACCAUUAGGACAGCAAUAACAACUGCUGUAUUGAAAGAUCCUCGUUUGGGUGCAUCUUUGCUUCGUCUUCAUUUUCACGACUGCUUUGUUCAAGGGUGUGAUGCAUCAGUAUUGUUAAAGGACACACCAACUUUCAAGGGAGAACAAAAUGCCAGACCCAAUGCCAAUUCUCUGAGGGGUUACGAAAUCAUAGAAAGUGUAAAAGCUCAAUUAGAGCUACUCUGUCCCAAUGUUGUUUCAUGUGCAGAUAUAUUAGCACUUGCAGCUAGAGAUUCUGUUGUUGCUCUUGGUGGACCUAAUUGGCUAGUUCGUUUGGGAAGACGAGACUCAACAACUGCAGAUUUCAAUGCUGCUAAUUCUGACUUACCUUCUCCAUUUCUUGACCUUGAUGGCCUUAUUGCUGCUUUCAAGAAAAAGGGGUUUACAGCUGAAGAAAUGGUUGCUUUAUCAGGUGCUCACACAAUAGGAAAAGCAAAAUGCGGCCUCAUCCGAAACAGGAUUUACAACGAAAGCAACAUAGAUCCUAAUUACGCAAAAUCAUUACAAGCGUUUUUACCAUGUCCAAAAAGUGGUGGUGAUAACAACUUAGCUUCUUUAGACGCCACAACUCCAAAUUUCUUUGACAAUGCUUAUUACAGAAACUUAUUGAACAAGAAAGGUCUUUUGCAUUCUGAUCAACAACUCUAUAAUGGUGGUUCCACUGAUUACAAAGUUUCAGCUUACGCCAAUAACCCGUUACUCUUCAGCAUCGACUUUGCUAACGCGAUGAUUAAGAUGGGAAAUCUUAGCCCUCUAACUGGAGACCAGGGUCAGAUAAGAAAAUAUUGCAGCCGUGUGAAUUAUUGAGUUGAAUUUUGUUCUCUCCUAUUACUGAAAUCAAGAUUAUGUCGCGGAUUUAUUUGGUCGUCAAUGAAGAUUUUUUGUUUCGAAGUAUCUGUUAAGUAUCAAGUGGUUUUUUUUAACAAGUUUUCAUUUUUAAGUGUUAAGUGUUCGUCAUCCUAUAUUUUGACAAUUUUUUGGA